AUGGUAGCGGGAGGCACGGCCUUCGUCUCUCUUUCCGCUCCCUUUUCCGCAAAUCCUUCCGCGUGGGAGCAGCACAGCCAGGCGCAGCUUCCCCCGUUCUCCGCCACUCCUUCCGCCAUUCCUUCCGCGGACCCCUCCUCAUCUGCUUCCGCCAAACCUAGCGCAUCCGCGGACAUGAAUCUCCGCCCAGCCGCGCCAAUGCCCUCAUCAAGCGAGGGCAGCGGCGCAGUUCGCGCCAAUUGUUCCGCUUCCUCCGAGUUCGAUCGUUGCGCGGACGCGGAGAGCGCACGCGGGGGGGGUUUAUACCGCGGAGACACGCGCGAAGCAUGCGGCGGAGCGUGCGGCGCAGUAAGCGGCGAAGCAGAAAGCCGUUCAGCAGCGGACGCUGGCGACGCGCAGCUGAUAUUUUAUGUGGGGUUGGCGCACCGGGGGGUUGUGCUGGCGGAUUACGGCAAGCAGAGGAAGCUUCUGCGUAGCCUCGUUGCGUCAGCGCUCCUCGAGAUUCCGCGCCACGUCAGCAGAUUCUCCAUGGGUUACGGUCGCACCAACGUCCUGUUCGCCGUCGACCAAUCAGGGCUCGCCACGUUUGCAGUCGCUGACGGGGCGCUGGACCGUACGCGCGCCUACUCCAUCCUGGACAGCAUCCGAUGUGCUUAUAUCGAGCUCUGUUCGCUCUCCGUUUCUCGCUCCCCCUCCUCCCCCUCCCGCUCCUCCUCCUCCCCGCGCGCCACUCUCCGCUCCGCCUCUCCGCCUCCCGCCUCCGCCUCUGCCUCCGCGAUUCCCCCUUCCGCGCGCCGCGCCUUCUCCCCAAUCUCCGCGCGUCCUCCCCCUUCCCCCCCGCUCCCCGCGUCGCCUCCCCCGGACACCCCUCCGCGGCCCGCCACCGCGGAUCCCGCGUCGCUCCGCGCUUUCGCCAGGCGAUUGGCCGGCGGCGUGGGCCACGUCAGCAGCUCGAGCCGUGUCAGCAGCGGCGCGUGCCACGUCAGCGGCAGCGGGCACAGCCACAGGCUGAGUCAUAGCAGUCGUGGGGGCAGCGGGCGCAGGGAAACGCAGGGCGGAGGGAGGGAGAGUACCGUCGAUGCUAGCAGUGGGGGCAGUGGCGGUAGUGGUGGUAGUUGCAGCAGCGGUAGCAGUGACGCUUGCAAUAGCAACGGGACGAGUCGCGAAAUGGGAGAUCCAGGGACCAUGAACGGAAAUCACGGAGACGGGACGACUGGAAAUUCGUUACUGCUGCUACAGAAGCAGAGCAGCGAAGGAGGAUCCGCUCACUAUAACGGGGAUGCAUCCGCUCCCUCUAACGCGGAUAAAUCCGCCCCUACCGUUAACGGGCGCGGCGGCGCGCCUGUCUUCCUGCGCUCGCGAUCCGCGCGCCACGCGCACGUGAUUGUACACGAGGCGCUCGAGCCGCGCCUGGAGGUGAUUGUGUGGAGCGUUCGCGGGAGAUUAAAGCCCAAGGAGCGGCUCGAGUGCUACCCGGACGCGCCUCGGGCGUAUCUGGUUAGUCUCAGCCACGGGGACGGACCAGGACGGGGGGGGAUCGUGGAUUUAGGGGGCAGCAGAGGGGGAGGGGAAAGAACCGGUGCUGGUGAUAACGGUGGGGGUGCGGGAGGAGUGGGGGGAAUUGGAGGACGGGGGGGGAUGGGGGGAGCGGGGGGGCGGAGGAUGAGCGCGCGGGAGAGUCUUCUGAGUGAGCUGUCAGACGCGCUGAGGGGCGUGGAGGACGGGGAGAUAGGCGAGACGCGGGUGGUAUCGCCGGGCAUGGAUGUGUGGGAUGAUGACGACUCAUCGUACGGUGAUCUGCUCCUUGGUGCUUCUGGCCGCAUCUACUCUGCUGUUGGGUUUGGGGAGAUGGGGAGAAGAGGGGGUGCAGGGGCAGGGGCAGGGGCAGGGGCAGGGGCAGGGGGAGGGGGAGGGGGAGGGGCAGGCGCAGGCGAGUUGGGAGUAGGGUUGGGCGAUAUGAGGGUGUCGCGGCCGUUCCCUACGCCGUGCGCUCUCGCUGCGACUCUCCCUGCCAGUGCCACGUGUCCCGCUCCCCCGCUCCCCAGGAGCAGACUGCACGCAAGUCAGGGGGGCGCUGUGAGCAGCGAUACUGGUGAUGCUGAUGGUGCUGCUGGUGCUGGUGAUCCUCCCCUUGCCCCUCCGUCCGCCACCGCCUCUCCUUCCCCUUCCCCUUCCCCUUCCCCCUCCCCUUCCCCCUCCCCCUCCCCUUCCCCUUCCCCCGGCGCCCUGCCUCCCCACUCCUCUUUCCCCCGGAUACCAAACCCCCGCCUCGCCUCCCCUCUCGCACCUGGUCUCUCCUUCCCCAACCCCUCUGCUCCCCCUCCGGUCCCUACAAAUGCUGUCCCUUCCUCUCCUCCCCUUCCUACUGCCUCCAUCCCUCUGCCUCAUGCUAACACACCCGCUCCUACUGCUGCUCCUCCCACCCCUGCCGUACUCCCGCCACUUCAUCCCUCCGCCGCCCCCCCUGUUCGCCGCCCGGCUGCGGCAUCCGACUACGAAUCGUGGGUGACGGAGAGCGGAUCUUGGGCGGCGGCAAGUGGGGAGUGCCGCCCGGGUGGAGAUAGUGUGGGUAUGGUUGCAGCUGCUGCUGGUGGAAUGGCACUGGCAGCAGGGCGGGCAGGGGUGGCAGGAGGGGCAGCGGCAGCAAGGGAGUGUGCAGCAAGCGGAGCAGCAGCAAUAUCAUAUGCACCCGCCUCACAGCAAGCACUAUCUCAUAUGGGCUUGCAAGGGUAUUACCAGGGGGGGGCAUCUCAAUUUCAGCCCUCUUAUAUUGGCCCGCAAGGGUCCUACCAGGAAGGGGCGUGUCAAUCUCAGCCGUCAUAUAUUGGCCCUCAGGGGUCUUACCAGGAAGGCACGUCUCAACUUCAGCCGUCAUAUAUUGGCCCUCAGGGGUACUAUGAGGAUGAUGGGGAGGAGGACGAGUAUGGGGCACCCAUUGACACGUACGGUAACCGGGUAACCGGGAAUCCAGCCCCGCUGCUCCCUCUCUCUGCUCCGGUUUACUCGCCCUAUCCGCCGUCUCUCUCCACAGCCGCACAGUACAGUAACACUGCUUUUAACGGACCUGUCUACAGUGAUGCUGGCUACAGUAACGCUGGUUACAGUGACGGGGGGUUUAGCGGGCAGAAGGGUGACAGGGGUGGUGAGGGGAAGGAGGGUAAGGGAAAGGAGGGCGAGGAGGGGAAAGAGGGCCGAUUAAAGGCCAAGAACAUGCAUGUGAGGCAUUUUUCCAUGGACGGGCAAGGGGGGACAGAUGCUUCAGACUCUGCUCCUGCUGCUGGGAGGGCCAUUGAAUGCAUGGCUGCCGCUGGGUCGACUGGUGCUGAUGGUGGCAUCCGGGGUGAAGGGGACGAUGCUAACGCUGCCGCUGCCGCCGCCGCUUCUGCUGGUGGUGGUGGUGGUUUUGGUGGUGCUGGUGAUGGUGCUGCUGCUGCUGCUGGUGGUGAUGGUACCCGUGGUGGUGCUCUUGCUGGUGCUGGUGGCUCUGCUUCAGUGGGGAGUGCUGCCAGUGCCUGUAGUGGGGGGGUGCUGCCGGGGGGGGAGCGAGACCGGGAGGGCGGAAAGCGGUGGUUGCUGGGAGGUGGAGGAGGGAAGGGUUUGUGGAAGGGUGAGGAGGAGGAGGAGGAGGAGGAGGAGGAGGAGGAGGAGGAGGAGGAGGAGGAGGAGGAGGAGGAGGAGGAGGAGGAGGAGGAGGAGGAGGAGGAGGAGGAGGAGGAGGAGGAGGAGGAGGAGGAGGAGGAGGAGGAGGAGGAUGGAGGGAGGGAGGGAGGGAGGGAGGGAGGGAGGGAGGGAGGGGGGGGAGGGAGGGAGGGGGGGAAGGGAGGGAGGGGAGGGAGGGAGGGAGGGAGGGAGGGAGGGAGGGAGGGAGGGACGAAGGGAGGGAGGGGCGACUACGGACCUCACCAGAGCGUGCCUUGGAGGGAGAAGACCAGGGGGCUGUUGAGGCCUGCCUCCUCGCUUGCCCCUCCUGUGCACUGCUGUGAGCGCCAGAGCGACGGAGAAAACUACAAGGAAAAGGAGGAGUAA